AUGAGAAGGCGACCCAGCUGCGCCUCCAACGACUUCCCCCCUCCCUUUUCGGGAGCUCCCGCCCCGUCGCAAGGUAGUAUGGGUCUGGAUCUGUUGCCCAAGUCACUUCUUAGCAAGACAUCCCGUCCGAGGACUGAGUCGGCUGGUCCUCAACGGAUGCAAGUUGAGCUCGAAAAGCACCCUGCCUUCCGUGGCUAUGUCGAACGGUUCGAGCGGUGGACAACUGCCACUCUUGAGUGGGUUGACUGGUCUGAACCAGACGAGUGGAGGAAGCGGCUCACCAGGACGGCUAAGAUCUCUCCUGAUAUCGAAAAUAAGGCACUGCUUGAAGUCCUAAGGGAAGGCGACAUUGAGAUCGAUGAUAUUCCUUGCUUCAUCCAACCUUCCAGGAGUUCGGCCCGCUGGGACCGUCGCGUGUCGCAAAUCGAAAAGUUCUGCGCUGGCGGCGAAUUCGUCCUUCAGAACACGAUAGCGGGGGAUCCAGAGAGAUCCGAGGUGACCGGAACACAGGAGCCAGAAGCAUGGGUUUCUGAUCGAAACUGGGUUGACGAGGCUCUCGUUGGUCCCCGUCCCAACUACCCACGGAUCCUCGACAACAAAAAACUCUUCCGGGUUCUGGAGAAGACGGUUGAGGGCUUUCGCAAUCUCUUUGCCGACUACGUCACCCCAACACCAGAACCCAAAUUUAGACUACGAGAGUCUACUUGGUGGGGUGGUUGUUUCGUUAUCUCCUUCAAUAUCCCUUACUAUGGUAUUAGCACUCGGGACCUCCAGGACUGUCGGACCAUAUCGAACGGCGGGAAGCGGCUCCGAAACCGUCACGAUCUUGACUUCCUGCACCUUCAUGAUCAUGAGCCAUCUGAAGAUGAGAGAGCUUCCUUCCACGAUCAUGCCAUUUUACAUGAAGCUGUUUAUUCCCUCACAGUAACGGGCAAAAGCGACAAGUAUUGGACCGCGGCGUGCUUGGACGACCAUGCCUUCAACGAGGAGUCCAAUUUGGAAUCGGACGAAGAAACCGAGGUAUUGGUUGGGAAAUCAGAUCCCAUUAUCUUCCAGGCAGAAGUCAAAAAGGCAGAAGUCGAACUCACUAAGUCUCCGAGAGCCUACGCGGUCGCAGCACUCAAGAUUGCUCUGGACAAGAUUGUUGAGCACCAUGGGAACGUACAAGACUGGUUCAAAACCAGCUUCUAUCUCCAUACCUCCGACGGAGAAGACGGCUCUCCAGGCAAUAUCUCAGCCAAGGAAAUGGAUACUUGGUUAGAAAAGUUCCCCAAAACUCUCAACUAUGUGGUUCAUUCGACCUCCAGCCUGGUCACACAGCUGGAUCACUUUUUGGAGAAGGAUGUUAUUCUCGGCCCAGAUGCACUGCCCCAAGGCGUCCUAUGGCAAAGCCUGCAGCACGAUGCGAUUGCCUUGCGGUCUCUGCUUGGGGUCAAGCAGUGCAGAGACGAUCUAUGUGGCAUUGAGGGUGAGCUCAAGCAACUGGAGAUUGCGUACGAAGGAGUGAGGCGGAAGAGGAAAUAUGACAACGAGGGCGAACAACAGAUCUUAACGAAGCAGGUUCACCGAAUUGCCAUUGCUGCAUUUGUCUUUGCGAUACCAAACACAGUGGCCCAGCUCUACUCUGCCAUGCCAGACAUGGGUGGUUCGGCGUCCUGGCCCUCGUACGUGGCCAUGGUUAUGGUCUGCAUUCUGAUGGGCGCUGCUGUGGCCAUGUACCUGUCCGGGGAGUACUGGCAGAAAGUGCGGCGAUGGUUUGAGCGUGUGGUUACAUUUCUAUCGGAGACCUUCCGAGCCUUGCGGCGUCAUGAGUGA